UCACAUCCAUCGAUCUCGCCGCCGCCGCGUCUAAACUCUCCUCCUCACUGCUCCUUAACCCCCGGUUGGCCGGCCGGUACGGUUACGUACAUGUAUUAAACAUCGGUCAUGGAGUACAGCAACGAGGCCACGAACACGGCGGCGCCGCGAAGGCCUUCCAUGUCGCCGCCGUCGUCGAGGCCGGUGUCGUCGUCAUGCUCGCCGCCGCCCCCUGCAGUGUUCCCGCUGGCGUCGUCGUCGCCGACCGUGGUGCUGAGCCCGUGCGCGGCGUGCAAGCUGCUCCGCCGCCGCUGCGCCGACGGCUGCAUGCUCGCGCCCUACUUCCCCCCGACGGACCCCGCCAAGUUCACCACCGCCCACCGCGUCUUCGGCGCCAGCAACAUCAUCAAGCUCCUCCAGGAAUUGCCGGAGAGCGCGCGGGCGGACGCGGUGAGCAGCAUGGUGUACGAGGCGGAGGCGCGGCUGCGGGACCCGGUGUACGGGUGCGCGGGGGCGGUGUGCCGGCUGCAGGAGGAGGCCAACGACCUCAAGGUGCGCCUGGCGCGCGCGCAGGCCGAUCUCCUCAGCGUCCAGGCGCAGCACGCCAACCUCCUCGCCCUCGUCUGCGUCGAGCUUGCCCGCUAUCAGCAGCCGCAUCCGUCGCCGCCUCCACUCGUCGACGACGGCCUGGAUCACGGCGCGAUGUACCAGUCACUCUAUGAUUCGGACCUCGACCUGGCGGCGUGGGAAGAGACCCGGCUCUGGACCUGAUCGAUCACCGUAGCAUGCCGGCUUGCCGGUCGGCCAGUUUACGAGCUAGUAGUACUGGCAUGGAGUUAUAGUACUUAGACUAGUUACGCUCGUCGGAGGUACGAUAUAUAUGUCGAUAUUUUACCACCCGAGUGACACUCGUGUGGUCUCGUGUCCGCCCAUGUGCAACCGUCACGAUUACGCGGUACACGGCAGAUACUCCUAUAUAUAGGAUACAACAUAUGUUCUUGAAUUCAAUUCAAAUAUUGUGAUAGACAUACAUGCAUGCAUCA